CACGGAUCAGAUACCCAUUUCUUAUUUUCUUCCAUAGCUUAUCGUUUCAUCAGAUCUCGAUGGGUGAUCUUGCGAAUCCCGUGACCCACAGGAAAUCAUGUGUGGGUAUAAGACCAAGCCUCCGCAUAAUCGAGUCUUGUUUCCCAUCCCAUUCUUUCUUUCUCACGUGCAGGCCAUUUGUAUAUCAUUUCAAAGAGCUGUGCUCCAUACUUUUACAUUCUUUCAGACCCGAAUAGCUUGAUGCUACUCACUUUUCAAUCUAUCGUUAUGAAGAACUUUGGAUCCAUUCUCACAUUUCUUGCCAUCUCGGCCUCUCUUGUUUCAGGUCGAGCUCUUCCUUCAUCUGAAGAUGGUCUUAAGGCUCGGGAACCUCUGGCAGUUGUCUCAGAAGUUUUCGCUCGUUCACCAAAGAAGAAUAAGGCUGCUGCCAACGAAACAGCUACAGCUCUAGCGGCAAGCACAAGUGCCACUGGAAAGAAAGGAAAGGCUCCCAAAGGCGGAAAGGCUAGUGCUUCGAAUUCCACCAUCGCCGCUGCCUCAAAUUCCACAUCCACAGCGACUGGGAAGAAGGCGAAGGGUACUGCUGCCGCCAAGAAUCCUUCAUCCACAGCCGCCGCCAGCUCUGGCGGUGCUUCGGGUAUUUUGAGCGAACUCGAGUCAGAACUUGCGGGCCUUGGGCUUAACUUGGGGGGACUCGGAUUGCGAUCCGCACCCGUUCUCGAGGCACGAAAGAAGAAGAAUGGUACAGCAGUUGCCGGAGCCGCAGCCGCUUCUGGAACUGGAGUAGCAGGCAAAAAGGCAAAAGCUGCUAAGGCUGGAAAAGCAAAAGGUACUGGUGCCGUUGCAGCUGUAAGUUGUUUUCCAUCCCCCACCCCCUCUUUCGCGCUGGAAAAGAAAAGCGGCACAGAACUUUCAAUGUCCCAAGUCAAGCUGAGGUAUUCCCGAUCCCCCAAGCGAAUGUCCCUUGGGUUAUGGUAGAUGCAAUGUCUAUGCCCUUAAUAUUGUCCUAGAACCUUACAAUUCUCACCCUCCGGGUCCAAUUUAAUGUCCAAUAUUACUUGGGACAUUG